AUGCCGCCUCCAGCAGAUAUUCUCAGCGAUCCUGAGAUCGCACAAGCCUACGAGGAUGUUCGUAGCGACAAGUCAGAGACAAAUUGGAUGGUGCUCAAGUACGAGAGUCCAAUCAAAGAUAACCUAAAGCUCGAUAAGACUGGAACUGGCGAUAUUCGCGAGAUGUGCGAGACCCUGGGUGACGACGAAGCAGCGUAUGCAUACAUCAGAGUUAAACUAGGCAACGAUGAAUAUAGUGAGAGGACUAAGUUUGUCUUCGUUGUCUGGGCUGGGCCUCAAACUAAGGUCAUGAGGAAGGCGAAGAUGAGCUUCCAAUCCGGUCAGGUCAAACAGGUCAUCAGAGCGUAUGCUGUGGAAAUUCAGACGGAUUCGAAGAAGGAUCUAGAGCCAGACGCGGUCACCUUGAAGCUGAGGAAAGCCAUGGGCGCCAACUACGACCGUCAAACGACAAACUAUUAG